AUGGCGCGAAAUGAGGAGAAGGCGAUGACCGCGCUGAACAGGUGGACGGCCCAAAAGAGGGACCUGGAGAAGGCGACGACGGGCUCGUCCACGUACAUGGGCGGUGCCCUGCCUACCGAGGCGCAGUUUGGCCAGUACGCGGCCAAGAAGCGGCCAAAGUUGUCUUCGGAGGUAAACACCGUCAAGGAGUGCGAGAAGUGGCGACAAGAGAUUAUCCAGGGCGUGGGAAAGAAGAUCGCGGAGAUCCAGAAUGCCAGCCUCGGCGAGCACCGCAUUCGCGAUUUGAACGAUGAGAUCAACAAGGACCUCCGUGAGAAGGGCCACUGGGAGACCCGCAUCAAGGAGCUCGGUGGCGCGGAUUACAAGGCGUCAGGGCCGCAGACGACGGAGGUCUACGGCGCCGAGCUGGCCUCGCACGCGGGGUACAAGUAUUUUGGCGCGGCGAAGGACCUACCGGGCGUGCGGGAGCUGUUCGAGACGGAGGUGGUCGCGGAAGCGCCCCGGAAGACUAGAAAACAGCUCUUCAAGAAUAUCCAGCCAGAUUAUUAUGGGUGGCGGGACGAGGAGGACGGAAUGCUGUUGUUAGCCGAGCAGGGGUUCGAAUUGGAGGCAGUUCAGAAGGAGGUAGCGAGAUGGAAUGCUGAGACCAAGAGUAAGAAGGCCAGGGCAGCAGAGGAUGAGGGCGACGAUGCAGCGGAGGCCAAGGCGGCCGCAGAAGCGAAGGCCCCGCCGGCGACGCAGCCUCCACCAGAGAUACCAGCAGCCAAGGCAGUGGCCGACUUCAAGGCCUACGUAGAUGUGCCGACCAUGGAGGACAUCGAGCGGCUCAUCGUGAAAAAGAAGAAAGAGGCGUUGCUCAAAAAAUACAUUACGCCUGACAUGCAGCGCGAGGUCAAGGAGUCGAGCGAGCUCUUGACAGGUGAAGCAGCCGCUUCCGCACCGAAGGGCGACUCCAAGUAA